AUGUGCGAGCGCCACGUUUGCGGUGGUGCUGACAUGUGGGCGGAUAUCAGGAGCACUGAUGAUGUCUUCUGUCCAGCUGGUUCCUACUGUCCAGCCACAACUGAAAAAAAUAAUUGUAGCAGUGGGCACUUUUGCAGACUGGGUUCCACCAGCCAAGAGAAAUGCAUAAUAAAGGGCUCCUGUCACGCGAACCAAGAUCAUGAAAACAGAGUCGUUCUGGGUGCUUGCUUAGUGGGUGCAUUAUGCGUGUCGCUUCUGAUCAUAUACAACUGCUCAGGUCAGUUCCUCUCUAUCCGUGAACGGAGGAAGGCAAGAUCAAGGGAGAACGCCAUUCAGCUAGCUCGGCAGCAGCUGAUGGCGCACGAGGGCUGGAAGGCAGCAAAACAGUUUGCAAGGAGGCAUGUGAAUGGCAUGCAGGGUCAUCUUUCACGCACAUUUUCACGGAGGAGGUCCUUUCGUCAGCAGCCAGACCCAGAAAAUUCUAGCCAUAGAGUGCAGGAAGCACCACUGAUGGGUCAGGUUAAGGCUCAGGAACUGUCUGACUCUGCUGUGUUUGCAGCGGAGAGCACAAAUGAGAUAACUGAAGUAAUGCCUUCGGUUGUUGUCGAUGUAAGUGAUGGAGAAAUUGUUGCCACAAAAGAAAAGCCUGCGCCAAAAGGCAAGCACAGAUCAACCCGGACACAGGUAUUCAAGUAUGCAUAUGGCGAGAUCGAGAAGGAGAAGUUCCGGCAGCAGGAGAACAAGGACCUAACCUUCUCUGGGGUAAUCGCCAUGGUGAAGGAUCAGCAGAAGGAGAUAACUAGGCCUUUGCUCAAGGUUGAGUUCAGGGACCUGACUUUGACACUUGGAAAGAAGAAGCUGCUGAGGUCUAUCACAGGCGAACUCCGGCCUGGUCAUGUCACUGCCGUCAUGGGCCCCUCAGGGGCCGGCAAGACCACAUUCCUCAAUGCCGUCACCGGGAAGGUGAGUGGCUACAAGAUGACGGGUUCGGUCCUUGUUAAUGGGAAGCAGGGUAAUAUCCGUUCUUACAAGAAAAUUAUUGGUUUUGUGCCACAAGAUGACAUCGUUCAUGGGAACUUAACAGUGGAGGAGAACCUUUGGUUCAGUGCAAAGUGCAGGCUCUCCGCGAAAAUGAAGCACCGUGACAAGGUUCUCAUAGUGGAGAGGGUAAUAGAUUCUUUGGACCUUCAGGGAAUCAGAAAUUCAUUGGUUGGGACGGUUGAGAAGCGUGGGAUUUCUGGUGGGCAGAGGAAGCGUGUUAAUGUUGGUAUUGAGAUGGUCAUGGAGCCAUCCCUUCUAAUCCUGGAUGAACCAACUUCUGGCCUGGACAGCUCCUCAUCGCAACUGCUCCUCAGAGCUCUUCGGCAUGAGGCACUCGAAGGUGUCAAUGUUUGUGCUGUUGUUCAUCAACCGAGCUAUACGUUGUACAACAUGUUCGAUGAUUUGAUACUCCUGGCAAAAGGAGGGCUAAUAGUUUACAAUGGUCCAGUCAAGACCAUUGAGGAGUACUUCACAACUCUCGGAAUCCACGUUCCUGACCGUGUAAACCCACCAGACCACUACAUUGACAUUCUGGAAGGCAUUGUGAAACCUGAAUCAGGCAUCAAUGCGAAGCAUCUACCAGUACACUGGAUGCUUUACAAUGGCUAUGAAGUACCAAGUGACAUGCAAGAUGAUCUCAAGGCAAUUGGUGAACAAAACCCACAAAUCAGGUCCAGCCCUUCAAUGUCUGGUUCAACCCCUCACUGCCUCCCCCUCAGAAACACUUUCGCAGAAGAGCGUAACCGUCUCGAACACCAUUUGUCAAAACCAAAGGAUUUGUCUAGCAGAAGAACACCAGGGAUCAUUAGUCAGUACAAAUAUUACUUGGGAAGGGUCACAAAACAGCGUCUGCGUGAAGCUAGGCUACUCGCGGUUGAUUUCCUGAUACUAGGCCUGGCUGGUGUCUGCAUUGGGACCAUAGCGAAGCUCAGUGACAAAUCAUUCGGGAUGCCUGGCUACAUAUACACUAUAAUUGCAGUUUCUCUUUUGGGCAAGAUUGCAGCAUUGAGAUCGUUUUCUCUCGAACGACUGCAGUACUUUCGGGAAAGAGAAUCUGGGAUGAGCUCACUGGCGUACUUUCUUGCCAGGGAUACAAUCGAUCAUUUCAGCACUGUUGUGAAGCCGAUCAUUUACCUCUCCAUGUUCUACUACUUCAACAACCCCAGAUCAUCAAUUGCUAAUAACUACGUUGUACUACUCGCACUUGUGUACUGUGUGACGGGGAUAGGAUACACAUUUGCCAUCUGCUUCAGUCCUGGUUCGGCACAGCUGUGUUCUGCACUUACACCGGUUGUUCUGACCUUGUUAUCCACUCAAAAUAGUACUCCAACGUUCCUGAAGAGACUGUGCUACUCCAAAUGGGCAUUGGAGGGCUUCAUAAUUGGAAAUGCCAAGAUGUAUCCUGGAGUUUGGCUAAUUACUCGCUGCGCCCUGUUGUUCACCAGUGGUUUCAAUAUUCACAACUACAAGUUCUGUAUUUUGAUUCUGUUUCUGUAUGGUCUAUUCUUCAGGAUGAUUGCAUUCGCGGCCAUGAAACAGCUUGCUUUUCUUUCGAAGGAUUUUAUUGGUUAUCAUAGCCAUCUUUAA